AUGGCGAGCCUCACACACCCCCUCCUCACCGCCUUCCGCGCGUCCAAGCCCGCGUUCGGCGCCUGGAUCACGCUCCCGGGCGUGCUCUCCGCGCGCACCGCCGCCGCAUCCUCCCCGCACCUGUCCUGGGUCGUGCUCGACUGCGAGCACGGGGCGAUCUCCAUCCAGCCCGGCGCGGCGGAGAGCGCGCAUGCGAUCGCGGGGCUCGGGGCGGCGGCCCCGACGACGAUUGUGCGCAUCCCCGCGACGGGCGCGUGCGCGGACCGCAGCGCGGGCUGGCAGAUCAA